GGAAGAUGGCGGAUAACAAAGGCGAGGAGGAUAUGGAACCGUCUGCAAAUUUGGACUCAGUGCCUUCAGUGCAAGAUAGCGAGCAGUCAGAGGCGAAAGUCGAAAAUGCGGUGAUAGUUAUAGAAGGAAACACGAAGGAUGAUGCGGAAACCGAGGCCCGCGACAGCGCUACCGAGGCACCGACACCCACCAGUGAAGGAGGGGACGUUAGCAGCGGCUCGGCUGUUGCUGCUGUGGUCGGGGAAGCCAACGGUAGCGUUAGCAACGCCGUUAGCCCGGCUGGAACCAGCAGCACCAAUGCAGAGCCAGCGGCAGCCGAAACCCCAGCCGCCGGGGAGACUCCAGCUGGCGGACUCACUACCGAAAUGUCUCCCCCUCCCACGGCUCCAGCCGCCACGCCGGUAUCCACUCCCAUUAAUUUACUGGAUACGUGCGCCGUGUGUAAACAAAGUCUUCAGAGCCGAGACUGUGAACCAAAACUUCUGCCUUGUCUGCACUCUUUUUGCCUAAAAUGUAUUCCGCAACCAGACAGACAGAUUAGCGUACAGGUGCCUGGACCACACGGGCAAACUGACACACACAUAGUAAACGUGAUGCGGUGUUCAGUUUGCCACCAGGACUACAAGCAAAGCGACAUCGUUGACAACUACUUCGUCAAAGACACGACAGAGGCCACGAACGCGUCCGAUGAAAAGGCUGCACAGGUGUGCACAAGCUGUGAGGACAACGCAGGAACCAUAGGCUUCUGUGUGGAGUGUGGCGAAUGGCUGUGUAAGACCUGCGUGGAGGCCCACCAGAGGGUCAAGAUCACCAAGGACCACAAAAUCCGCACCAAGGAGGACGCUGAUGCUGCCUCGGAGUCCGUCGGGGCAUCAGGACAGAGGCCGGUUUUCUGUCCCAUCCACAAGCAGGAGCCUCUUAAACUAUUCUGUGAGACUUGUGACACGUUGACCUGUAGGGACUGCCAGCUGCUGGAACACAAGGAGCACAGGUACCAAUUUCUGGAAGAGGCUUUCCAGAACCAUAAAGGCAUCAUUGAGACCAAUAUGGCCAAGCUACAAGAAAAGAAGAACUAUGUCCAUUACUCUGUCUCUCAGGUGCAAAGCAGGUUAAAAGAGCUGAACGAGACGCACAGGAAGGUGGAGCACGAGAUUAAAAUUGCAGUAUUUACUCUUAUAAAUGAAAUCAACAAAAAGGGCAAGUCCUUGUUGCAGCAGUUGGAGAACGUGACCAAAGAGCGCAGUUUGAGGCUGGUGGCUCAGCAUAAGGACACUACCCAGCUGGCCCAGCAGAUCCACCAUGUGCUCAACUUCUGCCACUGGGCCAUCACGACUGGCAGCAGCACGGCGCUGCUCUACAGCAAGAGGCUGAUUCUGUUCCAGCUUCGCCAGCUUUUCAAGGCCAGACUGGAGCCAGCGCCGCAGGCCAAUGGAGUGGUGCGCUUCUUCUGUGACCCCACCUUUUGGGCCAAGAAUGUAGUGAAUCUAGGCAAUUUAGUAAUUGAGAAACCGCCUCCACCUGCACAGCCGCCUAAUGUGAUCGUAGGAGGACCGGCCAUUUCACCGGGACAGGGUCACCCAAGCAAACACCCAGGACAAAUCAAUCUCGCCCAGCUCCGGUUGCAGCACAUGCAGCAGGCGGCUUAUGCACAGCAGAAGCAGCAGCAACAGCAGCAGCAGCACCAGCAGCAGAUACAGCAACAGAUGCGCAUCGCCUCACAGAUGUCCCAGCAGCAUGCAAGACAGGCCGGCCCACCUUUGGUUCAGCAGCAGCCUCCACGACUCAUCAGUAUGCAGCAGCUACCACGAGGGCCUGGGGGUAUGAACAGUGGGCCCGGACCCCCCAUGUACCCGUCCUCCCACCACAUGCGUCUACCUGGUCCCCCACAGGGCCGAAUGCCCACCGCUCAGCCACGACACAAUGGACAGCAGUAUCCGCCAAUGAUGCAGCCUCAGUUACAGAGACAGAUGUCUGUAGAAUCUGAGAUGAGCCACCAAAGGUUUCGUUUCUUACUACAAUCAGGGCAUUCCAACCCUGGGCAUGCAGGCCCCUUCCCAGUGGCAUCCCUGCACAAUGCCAACCCCACAAGUCCCACCAGUGCCAGUAUGGCCGGCGCACACGCUCACCGCGGCCCUGCCAGCCCCAUCAUCGGUCCAAUCGAGCUGAUCCCCUCGGUCACCAACCCCGAGAACCUGCCCUGCCUACCUGAGAUCCCGCCCAUUCAGUUGGAGGAUGCAGGAUCCAGCAACCUUGGACACCUCCUGUCUCGUUACAUCACAGCCAGCACACAGCACCAGCUGGGCUCAGUGGACAUGAACCCCUCACCUGGACUAUCGACACACUCGCCUGGAUCUUCAGGUCUGUCCAACGCCCACACGCCAGCGCGACCUUCUAGCACGUCCAGCACGGGCAGCAGAGGGAGCUGUAGCUCUGCGGGUCGAGCAGGUCCAGGUGGUGGCGCCGCAGCAGAGCCGGUGAGGGUGAAGCAGGAGCCCGGUACAGAAGACAGCUACAGCUGUCCAGCCUCUUCUCUGAAGACGGAGAGGGGCAAGGAUGCUGGGAGAAGUGCCUGCAUGAUGAACAGUCCAGAGAACAGUCCCCUUCCUAUACUGGGAGUCGUGUCUGCAGGCCAAGAUGCUAUCAAGGCUCUAGGGGAGCGCAUCAAAACAGAACCUCAGUCUGAGACACCUUGUUCUGGACUAAAUGGCUCCAGUGCAGCAACAUCAUCUUCCUCCUCAACCACUAUGACCUCCACUACCUCGUCAUCCGCUGAGAACAGCAGCAGCAAGGAAGGCCUUCCCCUCACCAACGGAAACGUAGACAAGGGGUCAGAGACCAAAGGGAGUGGGACGUCUGCUGGGACGGGGAGUCUUGGUGGAAAAGAGGACGACCCCAACGAAGACUGGUGCGCUGUUUGCAUCAACGGUGGUGACCUGCUGUGCUGCGACCGCUGUCCCAAAGUGUUCCACAUGAAAUGUCAUGUGCCCACCAUAAAAAUCUUUCCAAAAGGUGACUUUCUCUGCACGUUCUGCCGGAGUCUAACCAACCCCGAAAUAGAGUAUUGUGACGACAGCAGGAAAAUCAAAGAAGAGCAGGCCCUGAAUCCUGAGGACCAAAGGAUAUGUGAACGCCUCCUGCUGUACAUCUUCUGUCAUGAGCUCAGCGUGGGUUUUAGGGAACCGGUUCCUAGCUCUGUGCCCAACUACUACAAGAUCAUCAAGCAGCCCAUGGACCUGAAGAAGGUGAAGAAGAAGCUGCAGCUACGGAGCUCCCAGUACUACCAGUCAACCCUGGAGUUUGUGUCCGACAUGCGCCUGGUCUUCAAAAACUGUGCAAAGUACAACGAGAUGUCUCGAAUAAUCCAGGUUUAUGAUGAGGAGAAACAGAUUAAUACGCAGGCGGGCUCUGAGAUGGCGAUAUCCGGCAAGGCGGUAAGCCUGUACUUUGAAGAGAAGUUGCAGGAGAUGUUCCCCGGCCAAAGCUUCCCCGAAACCCCCGAAGCGGAGUCCCUGGACGAGAAGGAGAAGGAGGAGGAGGACACCGACGACUCCGAGGAGGAUUUCAUACAGCCCAGACGCAAGCGGUUGAAAACAGAUGAGAAAGUGGUCCACAUCAAAUGAGAACCAACCGCAAGAGAAACAAGACAAGUAAAGAACUGUCUUCCUCACGUCGUGCAUUUCUUUUGUUUUUGGAGGCAGGAAUAAAAUAUGAAACAAAGAGAGAACAGGAUGAGAUUUUCUGUACAAACUGCUCAAUUUAUCUCGUCCCGGCCUUUGAGAGAAUUCAACUACACAAGACGUCUGCUUCUCUGAGAACUCUAAAGGACAGGAAACCACGAGAGCUUCAUUCCUUCCUUAUUUCACGGACAUUCAACUCGCCUGUACAUAGUUUUGAAGUAGGACUCGUUUUUUCCACUAGUUAAUGAUCGGUCGUUUCUUUUCUAUCAUCCAUUUUCAUUUGUAGAUUUGUUGUGACGAUUGCUUUAUAAAACAAAAAUCCACUGUUUAAUGUAAUAUAUCUAUACUUUGACAUGAAGCCUACCAAGUAUUUGUAUGACUUUGUGGAAACAUGAUGUAAAUAAGAGAAUCUAGCCUACUGAAGGUAUUCCUUCAGUAUAGAUGUUUGGGUGCGUCAUCAAUAAAACCUGUUCUUGAAAUAUAUCGAA